AUGAAGUUCAUGUGCAGACGAGACGCCGUCCCACUGAGCCUGCGUGGUCAGAUGAUUUACCUCCGAGAAUCAGACUCCCUCCUCUUCCUCUGUUCACCGAGGGUUAAACAGCUCCAGGACCUGGAGAGGGCGGGGCUCUAUCUCAGCGAUAUUCCUCUCCACGACGCAACGAGGGGGCUCAUAAUGAUCGGGCAGGCUGCCGAAUCGGAGUUCAUCAAUUCGGUUCAUCUCGAGGAAUUUAUCCUGGAGCUCCAGUCGGUGCAGAAAUCACUGGAGGAGGAGAAGCAGAGAAUGGCCGGUCUUCUGCGAGAAAUGCUGCCCAUUUCCGUCGCAGAUAGCCUCAUGGCGGGGCAGAUGGUCGAAGCGGAGAGAUUUGAGAGCGUCACGAUUCUCUUCAGCGACAUCGUGGAGUUUACGUCAAUGUGUAGUCGGAGCGAACCGAUGGAGAUUGUGAACAUGUUGAACAAACUCUAUUCCUGUUUCGACCAGUGCGUCGAUCAGAACCAGGUUUUCAAAGUGGAGACCAUCGGUGAUGCCUACAUGGUGGUGGGAGGCCUGCCGCAGAGGAACACAACACACGCCGAGUGCGUCGCUAACCAAGGCCUCGACAUGAUGUACUACUGUCGCCGGGUGUGUCGCCCCGACAAUGGCAACCCAAUCAGAAUGCGAGUGGGUAUCCACAGUGGGAAUGUGGUGGCAGGUAUUGUGGGUGUCCGGAUGCCACGCUACUGCCUGUUUGGUAACACCGUCAACAUCGCCAGCAGAGUGGAGAGCAACGGAGUUCCCAGCAGAAUACAAGUCACCGAAUACACCUACAAGUGA